GUACCAUUUUUUUACACAGCUCAAUGUGGUCGUUACAGAAGACAACAUUUUUACAAUCUUCACCCAAAGCUUGCAUGGAAAUAAUUUGAGGUAUUCUCGACCAUGCAGUCGUUCGGCUGGUUGAAUUUUCAUCUGGCAAGUACGGCGUCCUUUUCGGUAAUAUUCGCUUAUUUCGUUUUCUUUUCACUCCUUACACUCGACAGCGGCCGGGCAGAACAUUGCAUGCCUUGCCCUAAGCGCUGGGUAGCAUUCGACGGAGAUUGCUACCGACUGGUCACUGAAAAGUUGCCCUGGGUUGAAGCUGAAAAGUACUGUCGGGAAUUGUCCAACUCUGAUUGGUUUCCAGCGCACCUUGUGUCCAUCAACAGCUUAGAAGAACAGCAGUUUAUAGUGGAGCUUUUGAAAGCUUCUUAUCCAUUGGAAGAAUUGCCCUCUGUCAAGGCCUGGCUCGGAUACAACGAUAUGGAGAGGGAGACGCGCUUCGUGUGGAGUGCCGGCUCUGGUGCCAACUUCACGCGAUGGGCAAGCGAUCAGCCUGACAACGGAAGAGGGAAAGGCCAAGACUGUGUUGCUAUAGGACAAGAAUACAAUUGGAAAUGGGAUGAUAUGACCUGCAGGUUCGGUCGUCAUUUCAUUUGUGAACUAAAAAUGCUGAAUGGUCGUAAGUAGAAAGAUCGUUCCAUGUAUCUGCAUUUGGCCCUUUGACAUGGCGAACGAAAUAGGAGGCCGCAAAUUUUGAAGUGGGUUAGUUUGUGUAAAUUACACUGCCAAAUAUCGCUAAUCAGUCUGCACUCUUAAAGGUUAUUUGAGCUACAUAUUUAAAGUGGUACAAAGACAUUGACUUGAGCGGGGUUUGAACCUGCGACCU